AUGGGCGAUCCUCCACAAUGCCUUCGUGACUCACUGCGUCAAGCCCUGCGUCAACGGGAAGACAAAUUGUGUCGCCGGAAACUCACCAUUCUACCAUCAACCUCCGUGGACUUUUCUUCAAAUGAUUUUUUGUCGCUGUCGACAUCGCCGGCCUAUCGAGCGCGGUUCCUGGACCAUCUUCAACUGGCACCGCCGAUGCACCCCUUUGCCAGCGGAGGGUCCAGACUUCUAGAUGGCAAUUCAGCCUACGCCGAAGACUUGGAAGGCUUCAUUGCCGAGUUUCAUAAUGCUCCCAGUGGUCUUCUCUUCAAUUCUGGCUAUGACGCCAAUGUCGGCGUCUUCUCAAGCAUCCCCCAACCAGGGGACCUGAUUGUGUACGAUGAGCUCAUCCAUGCCAGUGCUCAUGAGGGCAUGCGGCUAUCGCGUGCAAGCAAGAGAGUCAAGUUCUCCCACAGCUCUCCCGACAGUCUAAAAGCAGUGCUGCAAACAGAGACAACGGCAGAUCCUCAGAUUUAUGAAGGCCGCCGGAACGUCUUUAUCGCCAUUGAGUCCGUCUAUAGCAUGGACGGUGAUGUUGCGCCUAUUCGCGAAUUCGUGGGGAUCGUGGACCAGCUACUCCCUAAUAAAAACGGAUACUUCAUUGUAGAUGAGGCGCAUGCGACCGGUGUCUUUGGUCCCCGGGGAUCCGGAGUUGUGCAAGCUAUGGGGCUGGAGGACCGUAUGUUCAUCCGAGUACAUACUUUCGGCAAGGCCUUGGCCAGUCAUGGUGCAAUUGUACUCUGUUGCGCAGACACCAGAGAUUACCUGAUCAAUUACGCUCGGAGCCUAAUCUACACCACAGCCUUGGGCUUUCCUUUCUUGGCCUCCAUACGUUCGGCCUACGAGUUGCUCGCUGAGGGAGAAACCGAACAGCUCCAACGCAAACUGGGACGAUUGAUUGCUUAUUUCCGGACGCGGCUGGACGGCCUCAACAUUAAGGACACAUCAACCUUCGAAGUCGAGCAUUUCUCAAAUUCACCGAUCUUCUCACUUCGCAGCAAUGUUCCCCGUGAGCUCGCUAGCGUGUGUCAGCAGCGAGGCUAUACCGUCCGUGCGAUCAUGCCGCCUACUGUCCCAGUAGGGAGGGAGCGUGUACGAGUAUGCUUGCACGCAGGGAACACUGUUGAAGAGAUCGACGGCCUCCUGGAGACUAUUGCUAUGUGGCUACACCGAACGGAAAGACAGAAAACUCGAUUGUAA